AUGCCUCAAGGCCAUGGCGAGUGCGAAGACUUCAUCGAGUGGUUCAGACAAGCGGGUGGAUGGUAUCACAAGGCCGUAGAAUUCAGACAAGAUGCCACCACUGGUCUCUCCCUCUAUGCUACCAAGGCUGAGAUCCCAGCAGACUCGACGGUGGUGCGGAUGCCACGCAGUCUAGCAUUGACACCUCAACGCUGUCGUGACGCGCUCAAGGCUGGCCUUGGCGAUGGUGAGGGGGAUCCAAUCUUUGCGAUGCCAGGUGACUGGGUCGUCUUCUACCUCUUUGUUGUGAGGAGAAUACUUGACGUCAAGGCUUGGAGGCCAGAUCCCUCUUCAAGUAGAGUCACCCUCACCUCUCACAACCCGUAUGUUGCCCUGCUCCCGAACGACACCCUCACACCAAUUCACUUCAGCACUUCUGAGCUCGAUCUUCUGCAAGCCACGCCCCUUCACGGUGACGCCAUCGAGCGACGUAAGAGGAUGCUCAAGGCCUUCACGACGGCAAUGCGCUGGCUAAGAAGACGGCCGGAUUCCUCCCCAGUAGAAGCUCUUCUCCAAGGUACACCAAGCGUCGACGACGUUGGCAACGAGGAUGAAGCAGCGCAACACCCACUCUUUUCCAUCUGGACUUGGGCGGCUACUGCGUACUCAAGCCGGGCCUUCCCACCCUCACUCGUCGCCCAGCCAGAAGACGAGAGCAGCCUCGUGGGUCCAGUACUCCUGCCAGGUAUCGACGCUUUCAACCACGCACGGGGUGUGCCCGUCACUUGGACAUAUCCUUGUGUGCCUACUGAUGAGCCUGAGAAACCGGCAAGAGCCGCACCGAGUGCGAUCAGCGAUGCUGAAAUGGAGGUGGCCAUCACGCUCGGCUAUACGGUACCAGCGAACACGCAGGCUUUCAAUUGCUAUGGCGGCAAGUCUAAUGAGGAAUUCUUGGCAGGUUACGGCUUUGUACUCGACACUCCUGACUUGCCAGACGAUACGCUCACCCUCGUACUCGGCGGUAAAGGCGGAGAGGCCAGUGGCGAAGCAGCCCCAGAUGCGCCGAAUAACGCAUUUGUAGACCCAGCCUCGAAUGCCCUUAGCCUCCGCAAGCCCUGGGGCAGCAAUCAUUACUGGCGCAUGGGACAGGGAGCACCAGCUGGUCUCCUCUUUGAGCUGCGGGAGCGACUCCUCGACGGAGCAGCCGACGACGCAGCUGCGAAGCCCGAGCUGGAGGACUCGUGGCUACUCAAGUCGCACACAGCCACACCCUCUGCGCCAGGCACACCCGCGAGCGAGGCGGAGGAGCAAGAAGGCGCUCCUUCUUCAUCAGUCCGAAAGGCGGCCCUCCUCGCCCGUCGCCGUGACGAAGCACGUCUGGCUGCGGCGCAAUUGGACGGCGAGGUCCUUGAGACGCUCGAAGAGAUGCUGUGUGCGAAGCGCAAGGGAUUUCGAGCAGCUCAGCGGCAAGUCGAUGGGGACAAUGGCGGGAGCAGCGCUCGCCCAGAGGUGCUGCGAAUGAUCAAAGUCUAUCGACGAGGUCAGGCAAUGCUGCUCGACCAUGCUGUGCAAUGGACUCGAGAUCAGAUGGACGAGUUGAUUGAUAUCAUCGAAACUCUAGAGGAGCGUGUCGCCGGCGGAGCUAGGCAAUAG